AUGGGUGUAGGAGCUACCAAGGGUCCGAGCGAGGAGAGCGGCACCAGCACCAUGAGCGACCUCGGCGAGGUGUUCCAUAGCGCAGAGGACGACAGCAGGAUGGAUGCCGAGGAGGAGGCCGUGAGGAAGAGGGAGGCCGUGCGUAGCUACUGGGCGGAGGUGAAGAAGGACGACAAGGCGCUCAGCAGGUUUGCCCUGGGCUACCUGGAGCACAAGAUCUUCUCCUGGUCCGUCCACGAUAUCUUCAACAAGAACCUCCUCAGGCAGCAGCUAUGUGGACAUUCAUUGCAGGUCAAGAGCAUACCGGAUACCUUCACGUCAAAAAUCACUUAUUUGAACUCAUUCACAUGCCCUCUAAUUGAAGAAGUACAUGCUGAUGUAUUUUCAGCAUUGGAUGAUUAUGCUCAGUCGAACUUUAUAAAAAUAAUCUGGGUGGAGAAGCUUGAUGAUGAGAAAUCAAUAUUCUGUUUUGAGGUUGCGGAGCCAGCAAAGGAUCCUAAGUCAAGGGAGACAUACAGUCCCAAAGGAGGGGACAUAAUAGUUGUUUCCUUGCGGAAACCGCAGCAUGUGUCUGAUUUGAUACAAAAUAAGGCAUCUUAUGUUUUAGGUUCAGUUCUAAAAUGUGGAGACAAAGAUGGAGAUUUCCCACCCAAUUGUUGCAUUGUUCGGUUUUCAGCUGCUAUUCCAAUUGAAGUAGAUCCAGAAACAAAAUUGCCUGUGGCGCCAUCGUUUGCUGUGUUUCUCAUAAAUAUGAAGACAUACAAUCGGAUCUGGAAGUGCCUUCGUAUGGAAGUAGAAAAUCAGAACAGAAGCAGUAGUACUGGCAUCGUUGAUCUGGUGUGGCAAUACAAGCGAAGGGUAUGCCAGAUGUUUACAUUUAAAAUUAAGUUUAGGUCCUUUUUGAUAGCUUACUAUGCCUGGCAUCAACAUAUAGUACUGGAUGAUAGCUUGUCAUGCUACCAGAUAUCUCAGUACAUCGCUCGGAGAUCAAUUGAUGGUCUUGGCGUUGAGAAGUUCAGCCUGAAUGAUUCACAGCUGAAUGCAGUAGCAGACUGUGUCUCUGUAAUGGAGAACCACUCGCCUUCCCUAAAACUCAUAUGGGGCCCCCCUGGGACAGGUAAAACUAAAACGAUCAGCACUAUCCUGUGGGCAAUGCUCGCCAAGGGCCUAAAGACACUUACCUGUGCACCAACCAAUACUGCUGUACUGGAAGUUGCAUCGCGGAUUGUCAGGCUUGUUGGAGAGUCUUCAGAUGGCAGCGCUUGCUUUCUGAAUGACAUUGUCCUGUUUGGAAAUAAAGAGAGGAUGAAAAUAGAUGAUAGUAAUGAUCUUUCCAUGGUAUUCCUUGACUCGCGUGCAGAGCGGUUGUUGCCAUGUUUUGUACCACACACUGGUUGGAGGCAAUGCUUGUGCUCACUGAUAGAUCUUAUUGAGAAUCCUGUGGCCAAGUACAAAUUGCACAUUCAGGAUAUUGUUGAGAAGAUGAAGAUGGAAAAGGAGACGCCUGAAAAGGAUGGGGACAAACCCCUCCCGCGCAAGGACAUGAAUUCUUUGCCCUUAAGGUAUCCUUUACGAUCCAAUCCGAACUCCAAAGAUCAUCUUGUCGCACCUCUCUCGGUGUUCCGCAAGAUAACCCAUAACAGGCCUGAGGCUGAGAAAGGAGAGUGCCAUAAGGAAGGAUGGGAUGACUCUGAAACUAUGAUGGAAGCAUUAAGAACACUGCCAUUCAAGGAUUAUUUGAAGCAUAAUUACAACAAACUUUCUAAGGAUUUGUGCUAUUGCAUCAAUAUACUAUAUAAUGAUCAUCCAAGAAGUUCAGAAACAGGACAGAGCUUUCAGUGUAUGUUGGAAGUGCUUGAAUUGAUAAAAAUUCUCCAUGCUUUGAUAAAUUGUGACAAGAAUACUGAUGAUAUAUGCUCAGAUGAUCUUCUUGAGGGCAAGGUAGAAGAGGACUGUAACCCUGUGUCCUGGCCUCAGCAGUUAGCCUGUGUGCAGACUAACAGAUGCAAUAAAUCCAGGUUUAAACUGGCUAGAUCACUCUGUGUGCAAGAAUUAAGAUAUCUUCGCAAAAACUUAGAGCUUCCAAAUUAUUACAGCACGAGGCAAAUUCAACUGUAUCUGCUGCAGAGAACGAAAUGCAUUCUCUGUACAGUUUCCAGCUCUUUCCGGUUGUAUGGUGUGCCCAUGGACAAUUCUCCUUCUGAUACCGGCAGAUUGCUCAAGAAGCCUGAAAAGCCAAAUCUUCUGGACUUGCUGAUUGUUGACGAGGCUGCACAGCUUAAAGAGUGUGAGACCUUAAUUCCCUUGCUGCUGCCUGGCAUAAAGCAGGCUGUUUUUAUCGGAGAUGAAUAUCAGUUACCUGCUUUGGUGAAAAGCAAAAUAUCUGACAAUGCUAAAUUCGGGCGAAGUGUUUUUGAGAGGUUAAGUAUGCUGGGAUACAGUAAGCACCUUCUCAAUGUGCAAUACAGGAUGCAUCCAGAAAUAAGCAAAUUUCCACUUGUUACAUUUUACGAUGGCAAGAUAUCUGACGGUCCUAAUGUCACUACUGAGAGCUAUGAAAAGAGGUUUUUAGCAAGCAAAAUCUUUGGGUCAUACUCAUUCAUAAAUGUAGAUGGAGGACAUGAAACAACUGAGAAGCAUGGGCGUAGCCUGAAAAACACAAUUGAAGCUGCUGCAGUAUCACGGAUAGUGCAGAGGUUGUUUAAAGAGUCAUUCUCUACGGGAAUCAAAAUCUCUGUUGGUGUUGUGUCCCCAUAUAAUGCUCAAGUUAGAGCAAUUCAUGAAAAACUUGGGAAAUCCUACAAUAUGCAUGAAGGUUUCUCUGUGAAAGUGAAAUCCGUGGAUGGUUUCCAAGGUGCAGAGGAGGACAUCAUUAUCAUAUCAACAGUGAGGAGCAAUAAAGCUGGUUCUGUUGGAUUUCUCACGAACAUGCAGAGGACCAAUGUGGCUCUGACAAGGGCUAAGCACUGUUUAUGGAUAGUAGGAAAUGGGACGACUUUGUCCAACAGCAAGUCUGUUUGGCAGAACAUAGUCAAAGAUGCACAAGACCGAGGUUGCUAUUUUGAUGCUCAUGAAGACAAAGAUCUUUCAAAUGCAGUAAUCAAGGCCGUCAUUGAGCUUGACGAUGCUGAUAAUCUAGUGAAAAUGGACUCGCUGCAUAUAAGCAAGCCAAGGUUUCAGCAAUCAAGGCCCAAAUACCGUUCACGAGAUAUCAGGAACUGAAGAAACCUCCACCUGCGUUAGCUAGUAUUAGUAAGGCACGGCUUAUGUCAUGAGACGCCCCGUAUUUUGUUGAACCUAUAUGUAGCUUGAUCUUGGUGCACGUUUGAACCUUGUAGUUGAUGUUUCGCAAGAUCUCCCGCCGGGAAGGCUGAAAAACCAUGUCGGACGCUUGGCUCGCAGCUCCCUUGCCUGCUGACUCGUACUUCUUUCGAGGCUGUUGGGAGCUCGUUUGGUCCUGCCCUCUCUUGUUGCGCGAGCAUGCCGUCCUGUUUUGCUGGUUCCACUUCCACCCAGCCGUAGUAACCAGGUUAUAUAUUCUCCCAACUGGCUGGAUCGUGUAGAGACUUGUGUAGUUUUAAUAGAACACUCCUAGCUAAACAAGUGUGGUGAUUGAUUGAAAAUAAUGAAUCCUUAUGUGCAAGAAUCCUUAGGGCCAAAUAUUAUCCGGAUGGUAAUAUAUUGU